AUGUCCGACCUCAACACGAUCAUCACUGAGCUUCACAAGAGCCUCGAACAGAAUAAGCUCGACCAUGCCGCAGAGAUACUAUCUCGCCGCGCAAAGCAUGCUCUCCUUGAACAGAAUGUUCUCUUUCCCUCCACCACGACUUCACCACAACUGUGUUCCCAGGCUCGCGAGAUCCUAGAGCUCGGCGCCAUAACGUCACUCAGACAGAUGGAUUCUGUAUCCUUCGUCCGAUACUAUCAGCAACUACAACCAUUUUACGACUUCGAACGAGAUAUCGCGAGCUCAGAUAACACACACAAAGCCAUUUUGAAGACAAGCCAACGAAGCAAGAUAACGGGGUUGUACCUUCUGCUUUUGUUGAGCUCCGGUGACACGUCGCAAUUUCAUACGGUGCUUGAGGGGCUCAUUGUGGAGGCAUCUCUAGACGGCCGCAGUGUUGAGGAGGAUCCCUAUAUUAAAUACCCAGUUGAGCUUGAGCGGAGUUUGAUGGAAGGCAGCUACGACAAGGUGUGGCGUGCAACGAAGUCUUCGGAGGUACCUACGGAAGACUUUGGCUUGUUCUCAAACGUGCUCGUUGGAACUAUCAGAAGGGAAAUCGCCGAUUGUUCUGAGACAGCUUACCAAUCUCUACCGAUCUCAAAUGCAAAGGAUCUUCUCUUCCUUGAGUCCGAGGGUGCAGUUGUGCAGUUCGCACAAGAACGUGGUUGGAAUCUGAAGGACGGACGCAUAUAUUUCCCAACCCAGUCCGAUGCUGUCGCUCCUGUAUCGGAAACCCCUGGCACAGUCCAACCCAUCAACGAGGAUCAACGACCAGAGAAAGGCAUCGCUCUGGCGAGUGCCUCCGUUAUAGAAAACACCAUUGGAUACGCAAGAGAGCUGGAGACAAUUGUUUAG